AUGAUAUAAAAAGUUGUAUAAUUAGUUCAGAGAAGAUCAAUUCACAGAUUUUCAAAUGUGUUUGUUGCACAUAGAAAUAGAGAUGAUAAUAGUGAUUCAGUACCAUUUGAUUUUACAGAUGAAAAUUAUAAAAAAAUUGAAGUUAUUUUGGCAAAGUUUCCUUCCAAUGAAAAAAAAUCAGGGACUAUUCCAUUAUUAAUGCUAGCUUAAAAAUAAAAUAAUAACUUUUUGAGUUUAACUGCAAUGAAAAAGAUUGCAAAGAUAUUAGAAAUCCCAGAAAUGGAUGUCUUUGAAACAGCCUCAUUUUACUCAAUGUUUAAUAGAGAACGAGUCGGUAAAUUCCAUCUCUAAGUUUGUGGUACAACACCCUGUUAAUUAUGUGGAUCUAGAGAUAUAAUGAAAGCUAUUGAAUAAAAAUUGAAUAUCAAAAAUGGGGAGACUUCAGCAGAUGGACUAUUUACUUUGCAAGAGGUAGAAUGUUUGGGAGCAUGUGCUAAUGCUCCAAUGAUAUAAGUGAAUAAUGAAUGGGUUUAUGAAGAUUUAACACCUGAGAAUACAUUAAAAUUAUUAGAAGAUCUAAAGAAUGGGACAGAUAAAAAAGGACCUUAAAAUGGCAGAAAGAAUGCUGAAGGUCCAUAAGGUAGAACUACUUUAUAAAAUAUCGCAAAUUAAUAAGACAUAAAAUAUGAUAGAAAUUUCGAGGCAGCCAAAAAGGAAUGGUUAGAUCAAAAGGAGAAAGAGAGACUUGAAGCUGAAAAGAAGAAGCAAGCAGCUUAGCAAGCUAAAAAAUGAAACCAUUUUUUAAUAUUAAAUAUAAUAAUAAUAAUAAAAUCUGUGUCUUUA